AUGGAUGUGUCGGUAGAUGUCACGAGUGUCUGCAGAGUAGAUGUUUGUUUGUCUGUUGACGUGGGUACUUGCUGUUGUGGAGAUGAGGUAUGUGCAGCAUCUGUAACGCAGAGGGAGUGGUAUGAGUACUUGCUGUUGUGGAGAUGGGGUGUAGCCGAGGUUGGCAACGUCGAGUUGAGGUUAUUUGCGAGGGAGGUUAUAGAUGCGGACCAUUGGUUUGUUGAUGGAAAGGUACCUUUUUGUGUUAAGACUUUCAUAUCGUCCAGCCAGUUGGUGUUUUGUGUCCUGUUGUUGAAUGGUAGUUGUUGCGCGUGUGAGUUUCGAGAGGAGGAGGAUUGUGUUAGUGGCGAGUUGAGGUUAUUUCCGAGGGCGGUUAUACGAGUGGAGCAUUGGAUUGUUGAUGGGAAGGUACCUUUGGGUGUUAAAACGUUCAUAUCCUCCAGCCAGUUGGCGUUUUGUGUCGUGUUUUUGAAUGCUGGCAUUUUGUGCUUCUGUAUGCUGGUUGAUAUUCUCAGUGUGUGGAUCUCUACCGAGGUUAGAGGAGUGAUGUAUUGGGUUGGUCAGGGGAAGGUAGGUGUGUGGGCUGCGAG